UGUCAUUGUGUGAAAAUGUGUGAAAGAACGAUAGCAGAGUACAAAGAGGAACUUUCUCGGACAAAACAAGAAAACAAAAGACUACGUCAACUACUGGACGCUGUUUUCAAGAAACCUCAAGUUGUGUUACACAGAACAGAUGUCCAGCAGCCCACCCACAUGAAAGAGGAAGAGGAUGAUCCACAGCCCACCCACAUGAAAGAGGAAGAGGGGGAUCCACAGCCCACCCACAUGAAAGAGGAAGAGGAUGAUCCACAGCCCACCCACAUGAAAGAGGAAGAGGGGGAUCCACAGCCCACCCACAUGAAAGAGGAAGAGGAUGAUCCACACAUGAAAAAGGAAGAGAAUGAUCCGCAGCCCACCCACAUUAAAGAGGAAGAGGAUGAUCCACAGCCCCCCCACAUGAAAGAGGAAGAGGGGGAUCCACAGCCCACCCACAUGAAAGAGGAAGAGGAUGAUCCACACAUGAAAAAGGAAGAGAAUGAUCCGCAGCCCACCCACAUUAAAGAGGAAGAGGAUGAUCCACAGCCCACCCACAUGAAAGAGGAAGAGAGGGAUCCACAGCCCACCCACAUGAAAGAGGAAGAGGAUGAUCCACAGCCCACCCACAUGAAAGAGGAAGAGGGGGAUCCACAGCCCACCCACAUGAAAGAGGAAGAGGAUGAUCCACACAUGAAAAAGGAAGAGAAUGAUCCGCAGCCCACCCACAUUAAAGAGGAAGAGGAUGAUCCACAGCCCCCCCACAUGAAAGAGGAAGAGGAUGAUCCACACAUGAAAGAGGAAGAGGAGGAUCCACACAUGAGAGAGGAAGAGGAGGGAGAGUGUGUUGUAGGGCAGGAGGAGGAUGAUGUCAGCAAGUUUCCACUGACUGUUGUCUCUGUGAAGACUGAAGAGCAUGAAGACAAAGCACCUGAGUCCUCACAGCUUCAUCACAAUCCAAACGUCCAGCGGGUGUCAGCGGGGAGUCAUGAAGAGGAGUGGCACACCAGUGUGGGACAGAAGGAGCUACAGGCCCCCUCCCACAUUAAAGAGGAGCAGCUUCAUGAUGAAGAUGAAGCUCAGUCCUUACAGCUUCAUCACAGUCAAAGUGAGGAGAACAGAGGGGCGGAGCUUGUAAGUCAACACAUCACAGAAGCUGAUGGAGAGCAUUGUGAAGAUAUCAAGUCAGAACCAGACAGCAUCUUUGCUCCACUGUCAGACAUGGACCACAUGAUGUCACACUCUUCUGAUCACAGUGACCACAUCCAAAAACCUUUGGAGAGUAAAAAUGACUCUAAAGGUGAUACGAGACAUCACACUAACAACAAACACUUUGACUGCUCUGAAUGUGGGAAAUCAUUUAGACGGAAGUUUCAUUUUACAGAACACAUGAGAAUACAUACUGGAGAGAAACCUUUUACUUGCGCUGUUUGUAAGAAGAGUUUCUCCAGAAAGCCACACUUGACCACACACAUGAGAACACACACUGGAGAGAAACCUUUUACUUGCUCUGUUUGUAAGAAGAGUUUCUCCAGAAAGCCACACUUGACCACACACAUGAGAACACACACUGGAGAGAAACCUUUUACUUGCUCUGUUUGUAAGAAGAGUUUCUCCACAAAGCCACACAUGACCACACACAUGAGAACACACACCGGAGAGAAACCUUUUGCUUGCUCAGCUUGUGCUAAAAGAUUCAAAUCUAAGAGGGAAAUGAUAUUACACAUGAGAACACACACAGGUGAGAAACCUUUUAAUUGCUCUGUUUGUAAGAAGAGUUUCUCCAGAAAGGCACACAUGACCACACACAUGAGAACACACACUGGAGAGAAACCUUUUGCUUGCUCAGCUUGUGCUAAAAGAUUCAAAUCUAAGAGCGAAAUUAUAUUACACAUGAGAACACACACAGGUGAGAAACCUUUUAAUUGCUCUGUUUGUAAGAAGAGUUUCUCCAUGAAGUAUAGCAUGACCACACACAUGAGAACACACACUGGAGAGAAACCUUUUGCUUGCUCAGCUUGUGCUAAAAGAUUCAACACUAAGCAGGAAAUUAUAUUACACAUGAUAACACACACAGGUGAGAAGCCUUUUACUUGCUCUGUUUGUAAGAAGAGUUUCUCCAGCAAGCAAAGCAUGACCACACACAUGAGAACACACACUGGAGAGAAACCGUUGAGUUGCUCUGCGUGUGUUAAAAGGUUCAGGUAUAAUUAUCAGGUGAGUAAACACAAGUGUUUAACAGUCAGGAAAGCUGCAGGGAUGUAAAAACACUUAAACAGUGAUUGUGCUAAAUGUAGUUUAAAAACACAGCAUGUUUAAUAAGAAUGUAUAUUUGAUGUUGUAUGUAGUGCUUCUCAUCUUCUAGUCUUAUAUGUUGUCCUGUAGUUACUUUUUAAGUUGUGUGCAUGUAUUGAAUAUUAUAUAUGUAGCUACUAUUCUAUUUUAUUUUAUCGUUAUUAUUAUCAUUUGUAUUCUUUUCACACAUUUUUUCCAUUGCAUUUUAUUGAUGUUAUUAUCCAAUUAAAAGUAUGAAUGAAUAAAAUGGUUAACAAAAUGUGGACUCUGGUAGAUUAGCAGCAUUGUUACAUCAUGGAUGUUAACUACUGCAAAACAUCAACAAAGAAGAAAAAUGCUGAAGUUAGCAACACAUCACUGAACUUUAGAGCCAUCGUGAGUGGAGUUGCUUGUUUUUAUUGCUGCAUUUGUACUUAUUUCACCUCACAUCUUCACUUUUAAUCCUAAAGUCUUCUUCACAUAUAUUGUUGUAGGCUUCUAACAUUUAUGUUUCUGAUGUGUGUGUGUAGUCUGUGGAAAGGGUUGUUGUCCCUUGUGGAUCCAAUUGUUCACUUGCACAGAUACAUCUUCAUCUUCAUCAUCAUCAUCAUCAUCAUCACCGGUCCACUACUGGACGAAAUCUUAGCAUUAAUGUUUUAAUAUAAGUGUGACCUCAUUAUUCCUUGAUAAUAAGACUAAAAAUACAGAUUUAAGCACCUCUUGUAGUACUCCAACUCGCCACACUGAGAAGUGGGGGCGAUCAUGAGCUAGCAGAUGCAUGUUGCUAUCAUGUUUUAUCAGCGAGGAAGACAGUGUUUGUGUUUACUUUUUUGUCAGAUCCAAGUUUUAAUGCUCUGCUGAAUAAAUGAAUCACUAUGGCUGCCAAUAUGGAGGAUUAUUUAUAUAUUUAAUCAAAUACUUUUCUUAACAGCUAGAAAAAUGACACCACAAAAAGUAAAACAGCAGCAGGACUCAGUAAAUAUGUUAUUAAUAUACUAAUUAAUUAACUAUAAA